AUGCCCGGCAUGACCAAAGAAGUCCUCCGCCAGAAGAUCAAGGAGUUCGGGGAGACACCCCCAGAUUCAUGGCGCAAGAACCAGCUGGAAGCUCGUCUAGUGGAGCUCAAGGACCAAAAUCCCGAGGCCAAAGUCCACGACGACUUGCUGAAGGAAAUGAACAAAGCCGCCAAGAAGAAACACGAUUUGCAGGUGUUCCUGACUCAGAAACUGGGAAUUACGAUCACGGGCAACGAAACCAUCAGUCGACUCCUCUCUCUGGGAAACCAGGCGAUCAUGGAGAACAAGCCCCCGCUGGCAACCGACGUGAUGGGAUUCGGCAAGUUUGCUCCACUGACUUACCAGGAAGUCCAGGAACAACACCCAGACUACACUGGGCGGUGCCGCCAGACAUCCCUCGAGGAGACCACCUGCUGGCAGAUGACCCGCUAUCUCAAGUGGAUCGACCAGCAGAAGGAGACAGAGAAGACAAGCGGCAUGAAGAAGGGAUACCCAAUCAUGAGCAGUGGGGGAACAGCGAAGGCGAAAGCCUUCCUCCGUCCUCACCGCAUCGAAGAGCCCUCAUUUUCCAGUUCCACCGACGGGACAUUCGUCAAGAUCCCCAUGGACACCUCCUCAUCCGAACGGGAGGCGGACGAGAUGGUGGAACAGCUCGAAGCCCAGAUCCACGAACUCCAACGUCAAAAGGCGAUGGUCAGCAAGAGCUCAUCCAAGAAGGACGACGAACUGGCCAAGACCCGCAAGAAGGGACAGGAGACGGAGUUCGGCGAGCAUGCAAGCGAACGGGAAGAAGCAUGGGCUGAGUUGAAAGAGGACCAACCUCUUCCAUGGACGGUGACCAGCAUCCUGGAACAGAGUAAAAACAAAACCUUUGAGGAUUUGACCAAGGUUGAACCACCACUGGAUUGGGAGGAAGAUGACGAUCCAGAGAUCAUCCCUGACCAACCAGGAGCACCACCACCUCCUCGCUUUAGACAUCGGCGGAAAGGACCAGAACCGGAACAACCACCAGCAAAACACCAUCGACGUGAAGCUCUCGAUCAGCAGAUGACUGAAGGUGAUGAAAGCUUGAUCGCACUAGCGUCAGAGACACCAGCAACAUUCCUGGAAGAUGAACAUGGUAGCAUUCAAAUUGCUAUCGACAUGCCAGACAAGGCAAACAGGAAAAAAAAACAUUGGCUUCGCGACCUGGCAGCGUUUGUGAUCAGUCAAAGCCGCAAGAACCAUGUGGAGGUAUCCGAACGAAGACUGUCACCAACAGAGCUAGAACAGUUUAGACAGGCAAAACAGAAAGAAGUGAAAAACUACAUCCUUGCGGAGGUCUUCAAGAAGAUCCCUGACCACAUGAAGCCAGAUGCCAGCCAGGUGUUGAAAAUGCGCUGGAUACUGACAUGGAAAUGCGACAAGGAGAAUCCCGACCAGAAGAAAGCGAAGGCACGCGCAGUCAUACUGGGUUAUCAAGACCCGCUGUAUGAGACUCGCCCCACGGCGAGCCCAACGAUGAACAAAAGCGCCAUGUGCGAGGGCACUGGCCAGUUCCGGACGUGCGGACCCCUAGGCGGACAUGGAUUCAUCAUCUUGUCCUUGCACAGUCCUGAAUGCAAUGGUGUGGGCGAGCGGGUCUGUCAGAAGUGCGCUGGCACUGGGCUGCCGGCCAAGCGCCUCAAGGGCCUCAUGCGCGAUCCCAUCUUCGCCAAAGUGGCGUUCCGUCUCAAACGCCAGAGGGUGGACGUGAACACGGUGGACAAGAUGAGGGCGGAUGUGAAGCGAGCCGUUGAGGCGGCAGACAGGCGUCAGGAGGCCAAGGAGUCGGUCAGUCGAGCGGGUGCGAAGUCGAAGAGAAGGGAUCGUGCUCAUCGGCGGUGCUGA